ACAAAGCGCGCCCGCGCGCACGCAUGACGCUACAUACAUAUAUAUACAUCCCGCCAUUUCUAGGUGGUAGCCCACGGCAGGCAGCGACUGACCCUCCGCGCCGACGAAGAGCUCUUUCUCCCCUGACUGACUAGUCUCUCGUCUCCCUCUCGACCCGCUCCUCGCGCACCCCAGAGGCCAUCCAUCGUCUCUCCUCCUCCUCCUCUCGCACCUUAUCUUACUCGCUUAUAUACCUUGUCCUUCCUUCUCGAUCGGGGAACCAACCAGGAAGAAGAAGAGAGGGAGGGGGGGUGGGUGGGUGGAGAGAGAAAAAGAGGUGGAGAGAGAGGGACAGAAUCAUGGCACUGCGGCCCGGCAUUGGCUGCAGCGGCGUCGUCGUCUUGGCGCGAGCAGGGUCGCGGUGUCUGGCAGCGGCGUCCCACCACCACCAGCACGCGCCCUCCCCCUCCCCCUUCCUCCACCUGCGCGUCAAUGGCGGCGGCAGGCAGGCUAAUCUCCUCUCGCGCAAGCCCACCGGCAAUGCCAUGAGGGCGAGGAGGCGCGACCUCCACGUAGCCGCGUCGGCGGCCAGUGUCACGCCCCGCGGCGUCGGCGCCAGCGCCAGCGACGUCCUCUGGCCUUCCGCCGGCGCAUUCCUGGCAAUGGCAGCGCUGGGAAGGAUAGACCAGAUGAUGGCCUUCAAGGGGGUGUCAUUGACAAUAGCACCGCUGGGGGCCGUCUGCGCCGUGCUCUUCACCGCCCCAGACUCACCAGCUGCCAAGAAAUAUAACAUGUUCGUCGCCCAGAUCGGCUGUGCAGCCAUCGGCGUCCUCGCCCUUUCCUUGUUUGGGCCCGGAUGGCUAGCGAGGGGUGCAGCUCUUUCUGCGUCCAUAGCAUUCAUGACCAUCACAGGCUCUUCGCACCCUCCGGCUGCGAGCUUGCCUCUCUUGUUUAUCGAUGGCCCCAAGUUUCACGGCUUACAACUUUGGUAUGCGCUUUUCCCUGGGGCUGCCGGCUGCGCCAUCCUUUGCUUGAUUCAAGAAGUGGUGGUUUACCUGAAGAAGAACUGCAAGUUUUGAUUCAAGCGGCGGCAUUUCCUGAUUCUUGAUGAUGGUUUGAUUAUUAUCAAACCUGUGCCAUACAUAAGUUGACGAACCGGCCUUCGGAUGAAGUUGAUAAAUGUAGAUUUAGUCUUCUUGGUUCAUUUACCAAGGAAAAGUAGUAGGAAAAGAAGCUGAUUUUGCUUCAUAAUUGUUAUUGAUCAUGGUUCACACCAUGAAAAUGUGAAGUAUAUAUAUACCAAUCUGAAUGGAAUGUCA